CGCGCGAGGGCGACGGUUUCUUUUUCUCGGAGAGCUCGUCUUUUAGUCGCUAUGGCUUCGUCCGGCAAAAAACGGCGACAAAGUCACGUCAAUAGCGGCUCACAGACCUCCAACAGCGUAGCGAACCUGUUCUCAAGCAGCCAGACGGGCGCAGUCGGAGUAGAGGGUCGUUUUGUGGAGGGAUCCAUACUUCGCCUCACCAUGAAAAACUUCCUGACCUAUGACUACUCUGUGUUGUAUCCCGGACCCAAUCUCAACAUGAUCGUUGGAGCCAAUGGAACUGGCAAGUCCAGCAUCGUGUGUGCCAUCUGCCUGGGUCUGGCUGGAAAGACUGCUAUCCUGGGCAGAGGCGACAAGGUUGGGCUCUAUGUGAAACGCGGGUGCAAUAAAGGAUUUAUUGAGAUUGAACUGUACAAGACCGGUGGUAAUGUAGUGAUUAACAGAGAGAUCCACGUGGAGAACAAUCAGUCGCUGUGGAUGCUGAAUGGAAGACACUGCAACCAGAAAGCAGUGGAAGAAGAAGUCAAGGCGUUGCAAAUCCAAGUCAGCAACCUCUGCCAGUUUCUGCCUCAGGAAAAAGUGGGAGAGUUUGCUAAGAUGUCCAAAAUUGAGUUGCUGGAGGCGACUGAGAAGUCAGUGGGACCACCAGAGAUGUACGAGUACCAUUGUGAGCUCAAAAACUUUGGCAACAAAGAACGAGAACUGGAGAACACUCUGAAGGAGAAGGCCAGUUUCCUGGAAAAGACCAAGCAGAGGAACGAGAGGAACAAACAUGAUGUGAACCGUUACUACGAAAAGAAGAGGCAUCUGGACAUGAUUGAGUUGCUUGAAAAGAAGAAACCGUGGGUGGAGUACGAGACCACCCGUAAGGAGUGUGAGGGCGCGAAGAAGGAGCGAGACGCCGCCAAAAAGCAGCUCUGUGCCCUGAAGCAGGCGCAGGCGCCCAUGCUGAGGAAGAUCCAGCUGAUUGAUAACCAGCUGAAGCCCACUGAGGCACAAAUAAAGGCGAAGACUGUCGCCAUCAAAGAAGCCUCUCUGAAGUGCAAACAGAAACAAGAACAGUUGGACCGAAAGCAUAAAGAGAUAGAAGACAUUAAACAGACGCAAAGGCUGAAGCAGAUGGAAGAGGAAGACCACCAGAAGCGAAUCAGCAACACCAGACGGACCAUUGAUGACUUGAAGGCAGAGCUCGCCAAAGUUGGCGACCAACCUGAUGUGACUCCGCGGAUCAACGCUGUGAACGUGGAGCUGAGGUCCAUCCGGGAGGAGAGAGCCAAGGUUGAAGGCGAGAAGGCCGACCUACGCAGGGAGAAAGACAACCUCUAUGCUGAGUCCAAAAUGUGGGUGAGAAAGCUCAACGACAUGAACAACCUGAUGAAUGCCAAAGAGGAGAAGCUGCGAGGACGCCACAGGGACACACACACUGCCCUCCAGUGGCUCCGAAAGAACAGAGAACUCUUUGGUGGAAAUGUCCAUGAGCCCAUGAUGCUGGUGAUCAAUGUGAGAGAUCAUCGUUUUGCUAAGUUCGUGGAGAACCACAUCUCAUUCCACGAUCUGCGGGCGUUUGUCUUCCAGAGAAAAGACGACAUGGAGAAGUUCAUGUUAGAGGUCCGUGAUAAGAUGAAUUUGAAAGUGAACUCCAUUUCUGCUCCGGAGGAUUCGUGCUCGAGGCGGCAGCCGUCCCGAAAUAUUGAGUCCCUGAGGCGUUUUGGGUUCUUCACCUACUUACGCGAGAUGUUCGACGCCCCUGAUGAGGUGAUGAGUUACCUCUGUCACCAGUACAAAGUGCAUGACGUUCCUGUGGGCAAUGACCAAACUAAAGCCAUGAUUAAAACGGUGAUUGAGGAGCCCUACCUCAGGGUGUUAUACACAACAGAGGAGAGGUACACAUUGAAGAGGUCUCAUUACUCCAACAAGAUCAGCACCAGUAACUCUGCAGUGCACCCUUCCCAGUACCUCACCAUCACUGUGGAUGCUGAAGAGAAGCGGCUGCUGGAGCAGCAGAUGAAGGCCUGUGAGUCGAAGUUACGAGACAUCGAUGAGCGGAUAAAGGCCCUGCAGGCGGAAGCCGCCACACUGGAUCGCCGUGAUAACGAACUGCUGGCAGAGAAGAAGCACCUUUCAGAAAUAAAGGGCAAAAAGAGGCAACUGGAGCAGAAGAUCAGUACUAAGCAGGACAGUCUGAGGCAGAUGGAGCACAGUGUUAUUGACCUGCAGAAGAUCGAAGAGGAAACUAAAGAGAAAAUUGCGGUUGUCAAUUCACAGAAAGUGUCCAUAGUCGGAGUGUUCAUGGCCCAAAUGAAGCUGAGAUCCAAGCUGACCAUGGAGAAGGUGUACCUGGCUUUGGAGACGGUGGGUCUGAUGGCUGAGAAGUCCAAGCUGGAGAAUGAUUGUAGAGACGGUGCCUCUGAACUUAAGACUACUGAGCAAAGAUGCAGCCGUCUGGAGCAGAGGAAGGUGCAACUGACGGAACAAUGCAAAGGCCUGUUGAAGAGAGCAAUGUCAAUUUGCAAGAUGCACCCUAAUGAGUCAUUACCUGAAGACCUUCGUAAUGCUUUCAGCAAGCUGCCUGACACACUGGACGAGAUCGAUGCCAUGCUGAAUGAGGAGCGGUCCAGAGCUGAGUGCUUCACCGGCCUCAGUGAGAAUGUUGUUGACGAGUACAACAGGAGAGAGCAGGAGAUCAAACAUCUGGAGAAAGAGCUGGAAGACAACAGCACCGCUCUAAACGUCUACCGACAGAACAUAUCAGAGGCUAAGGAGCGCUGGCUGAACCCGCUGAAGCAGCUGGUGGAACAGAUUAAUGACAAGUUCAGUGAUUUCUUCCGCUCCAUGCAGUGUGCAGGAGAGGUUGAUCUGCACUCAGAGAAUGAGGAGGAGUACGACAAGUAUGGGAUCCGAAUUCGGGUGAAGUUCCACAGCAGCACUCAGCUCCACGAGCUGACGGCCUACCAUCAGAGCGGAGGAGAGCGCAGCGUCUCCACAAUGCUCUACCUCAUGGCCCUGCAGGAGCUCAAUCGCUGCCCCUUCAGAGUGGUGGACGAGAUCAACCAGGGAAUGGAUCCUGUAAACGAGAGAAGAGUCUUUGACAUUGUGGUCCGCACAGCCUGCAAAGAGACAACAUCCCAGUACUUCUUCAUAACACCCAAACUGCUGCAGAACCUUCAGUACGCUGACGAGAUGACUGUCCUUUGUGUCCACAACGGCAGCCACAUGCUUCCCCCCAAACAAUGGGACGAGAAGGCGUUCAUCAGACGAGGUCUCCAAAGAAAACCCCAGACAUGAACUCACCAUCUGACCUUCCCUGUUAGAAUUCAAUUAUUUUGAACUGUUGGAAUGAAACUGAUGUUUAUCAUUAGAAAUGCGUUCUGUUGAGUUGUUGUAGUUCAGUUAGAAUUUACAACAUGAAGCUUGGAACGUGACUGUUUUAGUUGUUCUGUUGAAGGGUUUUUCACAAGCUCAACAUUUGGUCCAAAUUGGAUGGACAUUUAUAAAACAGAUGUACAAAAAAAUUUAACUAUUCAUUGAGCGUAUUUGUUGUUUUGUCAUUUGCACAUUUUUCUAGUUUAAUAAAAUAUUCUGCUGUGUCUGUUUUAAACGUGCAGGUUACAUUUAUUUAGAAUCUGGUUCCUGGUAUGCUUUGCGUGAAUACUGCUUCAUCACACAAUGCAGUAUGAAGAAGGUAAUGAUAUCUUUACUGGAAAAAGAUACAAGUUAUAUGAACAACUUUUUGCAUUCAAAAUAAGUUCAAUUUUGCUCAAAUGCCAUAGAAACUAUUAAGAAACGGGGCAUGUGUUGGAACUUUCAGUAUUCAGUUUUCUGUGUAUGAAAAUCUGAUAAAUGUAAGCAUUACAUAAAUUCACUGAAGGAACCCCUUUAUUUACAGAGCUCUCAUGUUGGUAGCAGUCAAAGACUCUGGAAGCUUUGCAUUGAAUAUAAGCUGCCACCCUUCUCCCUGGUGUAGCACUUGUUAGAAAAUGCCUGUGGGGGGAAAAGGGUAUUAUUGUAC